AUGGCAAUGAUGAACAAAGAGAAAGAGACAGAAACCAACAGAAUCAACGAGAUCGAUGACCCAGAAGAAGACGAAGAAACGGAGAACAAGAAAAUGGAGAUGUUCUUCAACCUGAUUAGAAACUACCAGGAAGCGAGGAAACGAAGAAGACAAGAAUUGACUGAAGAAGAAGAUUCCGGCGACGCUGCUUCGGAUCCGAGGAAGAGAUCGGACGGCGGAGAGAAUUCCAGCAUUGUUCCUGUGUUUCGCACCGAAGAUUUCUCUAAGUGUAUAGACUUAAACUCAAAGCCAUCGAAUUCGAUUGUCCCCACCAUGAAUCAAGAGGAUGAGAAGGAAGAAGAAGCAGACAAGGAGACAAGAGAAGAGAACGGUUUAGAUCUUAAUCUUGCAUUGUAA